GUGGCGGCGGCGGGGACUCUUCCCCGCCCCCUUCCAGCAACCCCGCAGCGCUGCCUGCCGGAGAGCGGGGCGGCUUCCAGUUGAGAGAUGGCGGCCACCGCGGGCAGAUCGCUGCUGCUCCUCCUCCUCUCGAGGACCCCCGGCGGCGGCGGAGGAGGAGCGGCGCUGACAGCCGCCGGCUGCUUCCCGGGGCUGGGGAGGCACCGUCAGCAGCAGCAGCGGCACAGGACGGCACACCAAAGGCUUCCUCCAUGGCACACCAUGAGAGUGGUCUAUUGCAGUACUGUAGUGCCCUCUGAUGACGUUACAGUGGUUUACCAAAACGGGUUACCUGUAAUAUCUGUGAAUCUUCCAUCUCGGCGUGAGCGGUGCCAGUUUACACUUAAGCCUAUAUCGGAUUCUGUUGGGGUAUUCUUACGGCAACUACAAGCAGAAGACCGGGGAAUCGACCGAGUUGCCAUUUACUCACCAGAUGGGACACGUGUUGCCUCUUCAACAGGCAUAGAUCUCCUACUCCUGGAUGAUUUCAAACUAGUAAUUAAUGACUUGACUUACCAUGUCCGUCCACCAAAGAGAGACCUCUUAAGCCACGAAGAUGCAACCACGCUGAAUGAUGUGAAGACAUUGGUUCAGCAGCUAUAUACCACACUGUGUAUCGAGGAACACCAGCUGAAUAAGGAGAAGGAGCUUGUUGGACGGCUAGAAGACCUCAAGCAGCAACUAGCGCCCCUGGAGAAGGUUAGGAUGGAAAUCCGCCGGAAAGCAGAGAAGAGGACCACCUGGGUGCUCUGGGGUGGGCUGGCUUACAUGGCCACGCAGUUUGGAAUUCUGGCCCGGCUCACUUGGUGGGAAUACUCUUGGGACAUUAUGGAGCCGGUGACCUACUUCAUCACAUAUGGCAGCGCCAUGGCAAUGUAUGCAUACUUCGUAGUAACGCGUCAGGAGUAUGUAUACCCAGAUGCCAGAGACCGGCAGUACUUACUAUUUUUCCAUAAAGGAGCCAGAAAGACGCGUUUUGAUCUAGAAAAAUACAAUCAACUCAAGGAUGCUAUUGCUCAGGCAGAAUUGGAUCUUAAGAGGCUUCGAGACCCCUUGCAGGUGCAUUUGCCUGUCCGACAAAUCAGCGAUAAAGACUGACCAGCACAGGUCCUCUGAACCCUGGCAGACUUGGCAAAAUGGUUCAUAGCUCUCACCUCUUUAAUUAAAGCAUUGCUGGUGGAAGCUGGGAGGUCUUGCGGGGGUGGAGAGCUUUUUAAUCAUUCAAAGCAGAACAAGGACCAUGGCUGGGGAGGGGUCAGUAUGUUCAACGAGAAGAUCGGGCAUUGUGGGAUGUUAAGUCUUUUCAAAGGGCUUGACAAAUACCGUCACAUUUAAACGUUCUUUCUUCCUGGAUGAAAAUAUAUAUAUAAAAAGUCGGCAUUUCAUAAACAGAAUGUAUGGGGGGGGCAUAUUUUUCUGGCUUUGCAGUGUCUGCCUCUUGAUGAUGCACCAGCAGCCUGCUAAGCUUUUUAAAAGACUUCUCCUCUUUCAAAAUACCAAUAAUAAA